AUGGUGAAUCUCUCGAUACCUGGGCUACUGUUGCUUUCCGCAUAUUCCUUAAAUUCUGCAAGUGCGGGGGAUGUAUAUGAGAUAUCUUCUGGUAAUCCACCCGACAUAGAGCCAACAUCUACUUCUCUAGAAACAAAUGUAGUUACCAACUAUAUUCCAGAACCCAAUGCGGAUUCAGAAUCUGUACAUGUUGAAAUCCAGGAACAUGAUAACAUCAAUCCACAAGACGCUUGCGAUAGUGAGCCGCUCGAACAAAUGGAUUCUGAUACCAGGGUGUUGCCCGAAAGUUUGGAUGAGGGGGUACCACACCAAUUCUCUAGAUUAGGGCACCACUCAGACAUGGCAUCUGAUAUAAAUGAUGAAGAACCAUCAUUUAAAAUCGGCGAGAAUGACAUAAUUCAACCACCCUGGGAAGAUACAGCUCCAUACCAUUCAAUAGAUGAUGAAGAGCUUGACAACUUAAUGAGACUAACGGCGCAAGAAACAAGUGACGAUCAUGAAGAAGGGAAUGGCAAACUCAAUACGAAUAAAAGUGAGAAGACUGAAAGAAAAUCGCAUGAUACUCAGACACCGCAAGAAAUAUAUGAAGAGCUUGACAACUUACUGAGACUAACGGCACAAGAAAUAUAUGAAGAGCGUAAAGAAGGGCAUGGCAAACCCAAUACGAAUAAAAGUGAGAAGGCUGAAAGAAAAUCGCAUGAUACUCAGACAACGCAAGAAAUAUGUGAAGAGUGUGAAGAAGGGCAUGACAAAAUCAAUAAGAAUAAAAGUGGAAAUGCUGGAAUAAAAUCGUAUGAUACUCAGACACCGCAGGAAACAAGUGACGCUCAUGAAGAAGGGCAUGACGAAAUCAAUACGAAUAAAAGUGAGAAGGCUGAAAGAAAAUCGCAUGAUACUCAGACAACGCAAGAAAUAUGUGAAGAGUGUGAAGAAGGGCAUGACAAAAUCAAUAAGAAUAAAAGUGGAAAUGCUGGAAUAAAAUCGUAUGAUACUCAGACACCGCAGGAAACAAGUGACGCUCAUGAAGAAGAGCAUGGCAAUCUCAAUAAGAAUAAAAGUGGGAAGGCUGGAAUAAAAUCGCAUAAUACUCAGACACCGCUGAAAAAAAAAGACUUUUGUAAAGAAGGGUGUCAUGGUUGCAAUAAUAAGCCCGAGGAUAAUGAAAGAGACCCGUCGUCGCCUGAUGAUGAUGGUGGCUGCGAAUGCGGCAUGACGAAUCACUUUGUCUUUGACUACAAGACAACACUCUUGUUAAAGAGCCUCAAGACUGAAACAUCCACUCAUUAUUACAUUGCCAUGGCUGCAAUUUUUACUAUUUCAUUAUUCCCAUGCAUGUUUAAGGCUUUCCGUGCGAUAAUAUCCCAUAAGCUUCGUAAAAAUGGCUCCAACGCUAAAUUGGCACUCUCUAUGUUCCUAUCCUUUAUAUUUUCACUUAUAAUAUUAACCCUGGAUUACGGAUUAAUGUUACUGGCGAUGACAUUUAAUGUGGGUUACUUCUUCGCAAUAAUCAUUGGAUCUUCACUUAGCUACACUAUGUUUGGAUUGCUAUUCGAUUCCCCUUGUGACUGUGGCGGGAAAAAAGCCAUUCUCAGUGAUUGUUGUGGUUGA